GUGGAGGUCUGGAGAAGAGAGGAGAGAGUGACAGAGGAGAGAAAUAAGGAAAAUGAAGAGGUUCAUAACGAUGAUCUGAAGAGGAGAUAAAGCUAAACAGCAGGGAGUCGUGCUCGGACAGGUUUAUUUCCGGAGCGCUGGAUUGUAUUUUGAGCUUUUUUUCCUAAUAUUGUCUCUGACGUUGGUGUCUUUUUCAUUCACGUCGCCUACAGGAUUGUCUCCAUGCUGAGGAAGGACACAGCUGGGAGUCUAAAUCUCUACUGAGGUGGAUGUUUUGUAGUAAACAAUCCUUGCUGACUGAUUUCUUACUCUGUUGAGUUGAGCAGCUGCUUACUGGGCUGAUGUCUUCUUGAAGAACUGGAAUCUCAGGUCUAUUUACUCCAGACCACAAGGAGAUAGCUCUCACGAUCAGCUCUCAGGGUCAACUAGUCUGAACUUAAAAGGUAGUGGACAUUAUAUCCACCGCCGAUGUCCUUUGAAGAACUCACACAAAAGUCGUGGAAAUUUGUAAAGCUUUGCCAUCUGACGAGCUGCAUUUAAUGCAUCCUGUCAAAUGGUGUAACGGGUGUCUGUGUGACCUGGGAUUGCAAAACUCCAAACUCCACUGCAAGAUGACGUCCGAGGAUCUCUUCAACCUGCCGCUCAACAUCUACAUCAUCAUCCUGGGCAUUGGCCUCUUUGUCCUCAUGCUCAGCGUCUUCUUCUGCUGCUACCUCUUCAGAUUGAGGCGACAAGGUGCUCGAGAACAGUAUGGCUACAGUGAGGUUGUUUUGAAAGGAGCAGAGAAGAAACUGAGCCUUCUUGGUCAAACAUGUGCGGUGUGUUUAGAAGAGUUUCGCAGUAAGGACGAGCUCGGGGUGUGCCCUUGUUCACAUGCUUUUCACAAGAAGUGUCUGCUAAAAUGGUUAGAAAUCCGCAGCGUCUGUCCCAUGUGCAACAAGUCCAUUUGUCGUCUCCAGCCGGACCCCCCACAAGCAUCCGAGCGACAACAAAGUCUCCUGGAGGUCUGAGAAGGAAACGCAUGUCCAGCAGUACCCCAUGUUCUCCACUAAAUAGUCAUCUGUCACUAUAGAGGGUCCUGUUUCACUGUCCAACAGACUGUAUUAAUAGUAAAGCAUUUUGAGGCAGAGCUACUGUGGGAUAAGAAAUUGUAAUAACUGGACAUAGGGAGCCAAAGAACCUAACAAGCAAGCUAAGACAUAUACGGUUGUGUUAGAGACUUUCGACCAAUUAAUGGAUUAACGCAAACUAGAAAGCUGCAGAUACUUUCCAUUAAAGUACCCCAGCUAGGCUGUGUUGAUGCACAAGUGCCUUAAAGCUGCAGCUCAAUCGAACGACCCUAAAAUCAAUUUCAGACUGAGUUGUUGGUUGUGAGCAAGCUAAUCCCAGUUAUUCUGUACGUGAGUAUUGGUGGAUUUGAAAACUCUUUAAUUGCAAGUACAAUGACUUAAGAAGAUCUGUGUUUGCCAUGUUUUGCUCUUUUACUUGAGUUACUGAUUUAACCUUUUAAUCUGGUAAAAUUCCCAGUCAUCCAGGUCGUGUUUAUCCAAGAACGUUAUAAUGGUGUGCAACCGGGCUUGGUGGUAGAUACUAAUAGACUAUUGAUGAAGAUCUCUCAUCAAACAAGCUUUUUCAGUUACUGCUGACUGUUGAGGAGCCCCAGGUAUUUAACUACAGCGGGGUCAGUUCACAAUUGAUGUGACUUGCUCAGUUGGUGCCCCUGGCUGUUUUAACGACAGUUGUUAGAUGUUGGAGUCACAUGGGACCAAGUGUAAACAACCAUCGUCUUUGCAGUCACCUGAGGCUUGGAAUGUGAAUGUUGGUUAAAUUAGCUGUAAAUGGAUGAUAGGACUACAUUGUAGGCGGUGGAUGAGAGGUGUCAUGGACCUCCUCCUCUGUUGGGCGGUGGUUUCUCUACUUUGAUGUAGAUGGCCUCCUUCACUCCUGUUUCAAAUCACCUGUCCCUCUUUUCUAAAAUAUGUGUGAUUGUUAUCAUUGGAGGUGUGUCCCUUAUCUUUAGGUGUAAUUAAACACAUGAAGUGUGUGCUCCUGUGUUGAUCCAUGCAUUUGUUUAUUGGUUGGUUAGUUUCAUCCCUGUGUGCAUUCUUCACUGCGUUGGACAGCAGACACUAGAUUUCUUUUCAAGGUGUGUGGUCUUUUAGAUGUACCAGUUCAUGUCCUAGUGUGUUGCUGGGUUUGAAAAACACAGGGAUGCAGUACUUGUUGAAGAUCAGUGUCUCAAAUACUCCAGACAUGUAAAAGAUGACUGUGAUGUUUGCACAUUAUCAGCUUUGUUCUGAUAACUCCUAGCUUGUGUUCCAGUGGAGCUGGAGGAACUUUCUACAGGAACUAGGAAACUUUGCAGAUACUGCAUUGGAACCUUUCCACUGCAGGAACCGGGGUCGCAAUUAAGAUCAGUGGAAAUCUUUUUACCCCCGAAAAGUCCCUUAACUGGAAGGAGUAAUUUGAAAAAGUAUAGAAACCUUUGGGCUGGGAUUUGCAAUUUUGAAGAGUCCUGAUUGGUCGAAUAUUUCUGCGAGAGCUUGUAAAAUACUGAUUCAUGAAUUGAGAAUUUGAGGUGUUUUCAAUGCCUCUUUUUACAGCCCUCUUGUCUCUUCAAGCAUUAAAUUAAGAUUUACAGCAGCAUGGCUUUAAUCUAUUCCAUGUUUACUGCUGUUUUGCUCAAUUUGUACAGUGUCAUCGUUGUCAAUCUUUUGCAUUGUGGCCUCCUGGUGGACUGGAGUGGAAAAGCUUGUUGUAGCCAUUGGUUGUUCCUUCAUUAGCAGGCUGAUUUGCCAAAUCUCUCCUGGUCCAUAGACUUUGGUGGAAACACUGAUGAACAGGUGUGCAAGAACCUUUUGGGUUCCUUGAAAAAAGUUCCUGCAAGUUCCAGUUACUUCGGUUGCAACACGCCUCACGUGUAGGUACUCCUGUGUGUGUAUAGGUUUAGAUUCUGCCAAGAUUACCAAGAUAGCUAGAGAGCCAGGAAGCUAUAGGCUCCUUCUCAAUUUUUGGGUAACUACACAGAUUAGAUGUUCAUAUCUUUCUUGUCUUAUUCUUGUUUUUUGUAGCAAGAGCACAUCUGCUUGUCUUUUCCAGUGGCCUUCAGUUUAAUAUUAGACGUAGGUAUACAGUUACCUUUAGAAGUAAGAUUCAUCCACUGAGCUUGGAUCAUCCAUCAACUAGAGAUGUGGGUGCAACAAUACAUAUUCUAAAAACAGGUAAUUCCAAAUGGUUUACUUUGUUUUUUCUCUCCACUGUAUUCAAGUUGCAUGUGGAGUCAGAUGACAUACUAACAUCUUAAGAGAGCAUCCCUCUAUGUGACAAAAAAACAGUUGUGUGGCCCUUAGCCAUUUCUGGGAUGUUGAUGUGUAGUGUCACUUCUGUAACUCAGCAAAUUAGUUUAUUUCUGCCUCCAGAGCAGCUCUGCCUCUGAGCCAUGUUUGUAUGACAGUUUGGCCCAUAAUUAUAUGCAGCUCCAUGUAAAUGUGAUCUGUCUGGGUUUAGCCUCAACUCCAGAGGCUGGAGCUUGGAAAGAGGAGGAUUCAACAACCAGACAACUAUUUUUGCGCCAGCAUUGAUGGGCAAUGCAGAGACUGCCGUGAAAGAUGUAGAACAUUUACAAUCAAAAUAACAUGAAGUCCUGUUUAAUUGAACAAAACAGGGUAAUGUUUAAAUUUAGAUUGAGUGUUGUGGUGUGUGUGGUUUGGCUGUAAUCUUCUGUUAUCUCGCAGUCCCACAGUAUGUUGCCAAGCUUAAUGAAGGUAAUGAAGCCCUAAAUGACAACACAUUGGAGCCAUAUGGGAUCUAAGAGAAAAGACAACUACAUGCUGUCAUACGCCUGUUCAGCUACAACAAAAGUUCUGAAGUGACUUAACCACAAAAUACACAUAAAUACAUACAGGAAAUUAUUUUUAGGAACUAUUUUGUAUCAUAACUGGCUCUCAAUAAAGGGCCUAGUAUGUCAGCUACAACACUUUGAGUGUCAUUUGUCUAACAGUAGGCCAUCCUUGGUAAAGACGAUGACAGAUAAAGCGACAAUUCAUCAAAUUAAUCUAAGCUCCUGACAUCUAAGAACCGCUCUGUACGGUUAUAAAUAGAAACACUGCACUGAUAUGAGGAACCUGUUUGAGCUGGUUUUUUGUCUGAGUGAGGUGCCUUUGAACACCAUUCUCUAAGGGUAGGAAUACAUUAUGAGUACUGUGCAAAUUGUAAAUGCUUUGAAUUUUCUAUUUCUGAAAAAAUACAGAAUCCGUGUUUUGAUAUUGUCAA